AUCACAGACGCGGCAGAAGCCGAUAAAGACGCGAUGUUUUUUCUACUCUCAAUUUGAAAGUACCCGUGGGAUCAAAGUCUUUUAUCAGUCUUUUUCUGAAGUUGGAUACGUAUUUGGAUAAAACGCGCCAUUUCUCAGUAGUUUCAGCCGAAAUCGAGGAGUUUAUUCUCUUGAAUCAGCCCGUUUCAUGCGGCUAGACAUCCUCCAUCUGUCCCAUCUGCACGACAGCACCGGGACGGUGGACAUCACUGGACAUUUACGGAUAGAGACUGGACGACACGCCGUGAUUUGAAUGCCUUUGCAGGGACUUUGGUGGCUUGUGUGCUGCAGACAAGGCUUCAGUUUGCUGGCUCGGGAUCAUGGAGAGAAAGAGGAGGAAGAGUCUUUCGAGUUACGCAAUCAGGACGAGCACACACACACUGGACGGGGGCAACUAGAGGUCACUCUGUCUCAGCCCACUCGCACAGCCAACGGCACACCCUGUCUGUCAGGAGUUCCUGAGGAGAAGAGAAGUCUCAUCAUGCAGAAGAGCAAGAUGACGAUAGACGAAGACCCAGAGGUGCUCGUGAAGGGCUGGCUCCUGCGAGAGGUGCAGGGAGGCUGGCUCCGGCAGAGGAGGUUCUGGUUUGUGUUAACCACCGACUCUCUCGACUACUACAGCGGUCCGGACAGAGAUGCUCGCAGACUGGGCACGCUUGUACUCACAUCCCUCUGCUCAGUGCUGUGGCCUGAUAAACACACCUACAAACAGACAGGUUACUGGAGUCUGACAGUGUAUGGCCGCAAGCAUUGCUAUAGACUAUUCACAAAGCACUACAAUGAGGCAGUGCACUGGGCGUGUGCAGUGCAGAAAGUCAUCGACAGCAAAGCGCCGGUGGAGACGCCAACACAGCUCCUCAUACGAGACAUUGAGGAGAAUAAAUUCAAUCCAGAGGUUGUGGAGCACAUCUAUCAGCAUAAUCCCAUCCUCAGGUACACGCAGAGCCCUCUCUACGCCCCACUGCUGCCUUUCCCCUACGGCAGUCUCCACCACACACAUAUGGCUGGUAAAGGCUACACAUCCAUCCGUGAAGAGGCAGUGAGACUGUUUAACUGCCUCCAGCAGUUAGAGUUGGCCCGCGAGCCCAUUCCUCUCAUACAGGGCAUCCUCCAGACGUGCCUCGACCUCCGGCCGCUCCGAGAUGAACUCUACUGCCAGCUCAUCAAACAGACCAGCGUCACCAAAUCAAGUGUGCAGACGCAGCCGAACCCGCAGCUCAGAUACUGGCAGCUGCUCACCUGCAUGAGCUGCACCUUCCUGCCCAGCUGCAGCAUACUCAAAUACCUGCGCUUUCACCUCAAGAGGGUUCAAAGUUUGAGUGCGGACUCCGAGGUUGAGAGCUACGCGUCCUUCAUAGCCCAGGCUCUAGAAAAGACGCGUGGCCGUGAGUGCGUGCCCUCUUGGGAGGAGAUCCAGGGGCUGAUGGGAAGGCAGGAGAUACUGUGUACUGUGCACUACCCUGGACCAGGCUGCUGCCAGAUACCAAUCACCUCACACACUACGGCUAAUGAGGUUGUGAGGAAGAUGGCGGAACGCCUCGGACUGCAGGACAGCCGAAACACAUUUGCUCUUUUUGAGCAGAAUGCAUGCUGGGAGAAAGCUAUCGGAGGCAGCACCAUAAUCGCUGAUGUCAUCACCAGAUUUGAAAAUUUGUCAGCUAAAGAUCCAGACUCUGACUGCCAGUGCCGACUCUGCUUCAAACUCUAUUGUCUGUUGGACACCGAUAACAUCAGUACCGACAGCAUUGAGUACCUCUUCCUUUAUGAGCAGUGUCAUGAGAUGGUGGUGCGGGGGCAGCUGCCAGCCUGUGAGGAUGACCUUCUUUCUCUGGCGGCGCUGAGACUGCAGUGUCUACUGGGAGAUUUCAGCGCCCUCUCUCCGUACCCACCAUUGGAGCAGCUCUUUCCAGCUGAAGUGGUGGAGGCCCGGGCCCUGCUGGCCCCCGUUGAUCCCCCUGGCUGCCCUUCCUUCCCGGGGGGUCUGCUGGCUGGGACACUGUGGGGGCACAAGCGGCGUCAGGAACAGGACCAAAGACUGCGGGCCAAGCUGAGGGAGGAGGGAGCCGUGGUGAUGUCGACCAUUUUAGAGCGUUGGAAAGCCCUUGUGGGAUACAGUCGCAGAGACAGCAUGGCCGCCUAUCUCACCAUCGCCCGGCAGUGGUCGGGGUUUGGCUGCACACUCUAUGAAGUGGACUUCUACAUUAGCUCGACAGGAAGCUUCUCUCAGAAGUUGUGGCUGGGUGUGGCGGCUUCCUGCGUGUCUUUGUAUCGUCAGGGCGAAGCCGAAGCGUUGGAGUCUCUACCGAUAGGUCAGAUCUGUUCCUAUGGUGUCUCUGAUAGCAACACAUUCAGGAUCACCGCAGGAGAUAGAGACCUGCUCUUUGAGACCACAAAGCUGACUGAGAUCAUGCAGCUGAUGAAUGCUUACUUCAGUGCCACCCGUCGCCAGCUAGGCAAAGAUGACUGCAUCUCCAUAGAAACAAACCCUAAGCUCCACCCCUCCCUACUUGAGCUCCCCUCUCACCCGGUGUGAAGAGAGAACGACUCGCUCGCUUGCACACACGCACACACUGGCUCUGACUGAUGUACACGUGCAUAUGCAGUCCUGGCUGAUUGCUUCCCUGUGAGGAGCUUUGCAAAGAGGACUAACUCAGAUGAGACUGAAAGGAGCAGAUGCUGUGGAAAUGGAGGAGGAGUGGAAGGUGUCCAGGGAGCCACAAACAGGAGAGCAGGUUCAGGAACUCACUUUGCUACACCGCCAGCCAAAUCCAGAAAGGACAUGGGGCCCUCGAUGGCCCCUGCCACCUGGGAGCCCGCCAAAUAUCACAGAAAGGAAAAUAGCGUGACUUGAGAGAUGAACUGUGCAAAAAAAAUAAUUUUCUUAAGGAGUAUUUUGGUCUUGUUUUUUAGUAUUUAAAUCUUGAAACAUCCUUAAAACAACAUGAAUAUACUUUUACUUAAUUAGAAAAAUUGACAUUUUCAUUUUACUCAUUUUUAGACUAACUUUUCAAGGAAUUCACCUUGAAUUAAGUUCCUUUUCUUAUUAUUGUGUUAUCUUGUUUUAAGGAUGUUCAUUUUUUUUUUUUUUUUGGAAAACAAGGCAAAAAUCUCUCUUUUUUUUUUUUUCUUUUUUUUUGCAGCGACAUCUUUAUAUUCCACUACAGGAAGAUGACACAAAUAUGUUGCCACUGCACUCACGCAUACACAGUUGCUGCGCUUUAAACACUCCUUUCAAAACUCUGGCCUGGCUCGCUGUUAAAUUCGUUCAUCAAACCUUAAAUGAUAGUCGGUGGAAGUCACGUUCAUGCCGCCCUUCAGAACUGUCCAUUACCGAACCGACAGUGGUGCAUGUGUGCGUGAGAGACCGAUUUGAAUAUUUUAAGCUGUAGAAACCAAAGGAUCUUUAGCUCAUCUGAAUGAUGCGAGUGUAUUUGUGAAAUGCUUUGAGCCUUACCUGGUGCUGCUUGACUUUGCUGUUAGCUUACGGUAACUCUGCACUGUGCGUCCUGUAGCCACAACAGCCUCAGAUCUUUAGAUCUGGUUAAAACCAACUAACUAACAAGACACCCUAUUGCAGCCUGAUACCUGUGAAGGUAAAUGGCAUUUUGACAUUUUCAAAAAAUGACAAUUUUGGUUCAAACCAAGUUUCCCAGACCUCUCGAACACACUUUGAAACACUGAAGAUAGACAAAUAAUAAACACUAUUGAUAUGCAACAUUAUCAUCCCAUAUUCUAAAGAUAUUACCUUUCCAUUAAAAGGGAUAGUGUAUCCAAAAAUGACAAUAUUGUCACCAUUUACACAUGCUCAUGUUGUUGUAAACCUGUAUGACUUUCUUUUAUCUUGCUGAAAACAAAAUAGGAUAUUAUAUUUUGUUUUUUUUCCAUUUCAUGAAAGUCAAUGGGGUACAAACAAUGUAAUUACCCCAUUGACCUUCAUUGUAUGGACAAAAAAACAUUUUUCAGAAUAACUUCAUUGGUGUUCCACAGAAGAAAGAAAGUCAUACAGGUUUGGAAUGACAUAAAGGUAAAUAAAUGAUGACAGAAAUGCUAUUUUUGGGUGAACUAUCAAUUUAAGCCUAACCUGUAGCCUCUGUCUGUUGUGCUUUAUAAUGAAGCCUUAUGCCGGCUUUAUAACGGCUCAUUGUCUCCUUUAAUGUGUGUUAGUUUCUACUAGUUUUAUUUAUGGCUGUCUGUUGUAUACAUUGUGUGAAAGUGAGUUUUUUAUUGUCCUUUUUACUUUUGUUUUAUAUAUCUUUCAUAAAGACCUGUAUUUGUAUUUUAGUGCUUGCAUUGAAAUAAUUACAAAAAGAGCUGAUGAUGUCAUAGUUAAAUUAUGAUGUCAUAAUCUUUAUUUACGUUUUUGGUUAUUUGUUGUUUAUUUUCCCCCUGGCACAUGAGGUCUACAAAUAACUUGUUAAUAAUCAGUUUAUUUUAUAGAUCUAAUAGGAUUUUUGAGAUUUUGUCAUUCGCCCCUUUUAAAGUGGACCAAAUUUCUAGGGGUCUUUUUUUUCCCAUCGACUGACUGCCAAACUAUCACUGAAGCAAUAAAACCCGCCUAGCCGUCCUGAGCAUGAGCCCAUUUUCAGUAUGAGGCUUCAGGUUGCCUUCGGAGGAGCCACUAGUGCCUGUCAAACAGUCUGUACAAUCUUUAAUUCACUCAUACUCCAUAAUCAGGUUCAUUUUUUUCUGUAUUCAGAGUAUUUUGGUUCUGAACUAUAUUUGCUCUACAGCAGUUCAUCUGCCUGAAUACAAAAAAAAAAAAGAAGUUACCAGCUACUUGAAAUUCAAAAGUGGAGGGCAAUCAUGUCUUCAAUGUUGUUUAUUUUGUUUCAAGAAGUGUCUUUUGCCCAAACCGUGUUCCUCCUACAGCCCCUGUGACGGCGGUAGUGGUUGUCACAUACUCUUGUCUUCUUUUCAUGUCACUCUUUAGCUGCAGGCAGCUCCGACCCACUGUCAUUCAUGUAACACAACUCGAACGACAAACUGCUUUAGAUGGUUUGUAUGCUGCAUGGUACCUUUAUUAUGUUACACAUGUAAUAGUCAAUUGCACUAUUGUUUGUACAGCUAACUUAAAUGUGCAAUAAUGCAAAAUGAUGAAUACUGUAUGUAAUAAAAAGCAGCACCAUUACAACAUCA